AUGGUUGUCCGUGAGGAUGAUAGUGAGGCGGAUAUUUAUGCAGACAAUGAUGGUUUGAACAGUCUUCAUGAUUCUGAUGAGGAUGAAGUUAAAAAUUAUCCAUUGUUUGAUCCAAAGAAGGAUUUUGAAAACCUAGAGUUGAAGCUUGGUUUAGUUUUUAACUCAAAAAAAGAAGCAAAAUUCACAAUUGAAAGUCAUUGUAUUAGACAAGGAAGACCUGUGAAUCAUUGUGUUCGGGAUUUUAAAAACAAGUGUGUCAACUCAACGUUGUUGGGAAAGACUUUUGCUAAAGAAUUCAGCACAAAUCCUAAAUUGGGACACUUGGAGUUUAGGGAAGAGAUCUUUACCAACCCGCAAUCAGAUUUUUCAAGGAAGACCACCUACAUGGCUAAGAGAAAGGUGCUGAAAUUAGUGCAAGGUUCUGUCGAGCAACAAUUUCAGCAAAUAAGGAAGUAUUGUGCUGAAUUGAAAAGAUCUGACGCCGGGGCUACUAUAGUUUUGAAGUUGACGGAGGACGAUGAAGGUCCAAGGUUUCAGAGAUUAUAUGUUUGUUUUUUAGUGUGUAAGCAAGGAUUUAAAAAUUCUUGUCAGCGUAUCAUUGGUGUUGAUGGAUGCUUCUUAAAGGUAGAACAUGGUGGGCAAUUGUUAUCGGUCGUAGGGCUAGAUCCGAAUAAUAACAUAUUUCCAAUAUGUUACGCAAUGGUUGAGCGUGGAACAAAAGAUAGUUGGACAUGGUUUCUUCACCUCUUAGAUGAAGACAUUGGUGUUUGCAAUGAUCCACAUACCUGGGCAUUUAUGUCAGAUAAGCAAAAAGGUUUGAUUCUUGCACUUGAAUCUUUGUUUCCUGAUGUUGAACAUAGAUUUUGUGUAAGACAUUUAGAGAUCAAUAUGAAAUGUGAUGGAUUCAAGAGUAUAGCGGUUAAGAUUGCCUUUUGGGUUGCGACAAAGGCGACAAGAAUUGAAGAGUUUCGAGUGCCCAUGGUUGAGUUAAAAGACAUUGAUGCAAAAGCGUAUGGAUGGCUAAUGAACAAACCUGAAAGCCAGUGGUCUAAGGCAUAUUUCAUCACCACUUCUAAAUCAGAUUCUUGUUGA